AUGGAAGACAGGGUUAUGGAGAGUUCAAGUUUCAUUGAGAAGGAUGCCGAAGCUGGCGAAACAGACACAAAGCCCAUACUAAACAUGACAUCUUCCUUAAAAAAGCGGCAAAAAGAUCUCGAAAGCAUAAGCAGGCAAAAAGGACAACUGACUAUUGACGAUAUUGAACUUGUUGAUCAAGAGCUUGAAGCAAUUGAAAAAAAGCUUUCCGUCGUGGAAAAAGACCUUGAGAGGUCCCUAGAAGCAACUCCUGUAAACGUGAAAGGUGUUUACAUAUCAGUUAUCGUUUCCCUAAUUUUCAUAGUUUUGAGCAUCUUUAUCAACAGAGUCGACAAGUCCUCCCCAGUAAGUCUCACAAUUAUUGAUUUUUUCGAAAAUACCGUGUGAGCCGGCAACCCAAACAAAUAUUUCAAUGACAUUGAGUCGCUGACUGACUUAGACACAUAUUACAGGAGAGUCCUGUUCCCUGGUGCCUUUACUAACGAAUUUAUAAACAAAUAUAAUUAUGUGGUCGGGCUCAGGCUUUCCCUUAAAAGAGCGAUCCUAAAAGAGAAUCCUUUUUCUGAAUAUGAAGAAGCUGUCAGAUGGGUCAGAAAAGACCCUGAUUUGGGAGCUGGAGACUCCAAUUCUGACGGCGAAGAGAAAAAUGAUUUAGGGAUUUUUAACUAUUCCAGUGGAGGAGGCUUCAGAGAAGCAGGUGCCUAUUUCGAGCUUUUUUGUAACCUAACCUUGCAGGAUGCUUUGGUGAGAUGAAGAGUAAUGAAGCCGAUUUGACUGAGCCCAGACUAUUUUGUGAGCAUCACCGCAGAACUGUUAGUUCAAAAUUCAAAUAUGAUGACCACGUUGUAUUAUUAUCAAACAAUUGAGCGAACCAGCUCAGGGAGUUUUUCGUGCACCAGCGACUCCGUUGGGAUUUUCCCUGAAGCUUAUGAAAGUUGGACUCCUGAAUCAAAAAUUGUGGUCAUUUUAGGACUUAUUUAUAUUGCUGGUUUUCUCUUGCAGAUUUACAAAUUCGUUCAAAGUAUUAUAAGGAUCUGCACAACGCUUUGGACAAAGCUGAAACUAGAUAUAGCUUGGCAUGAGUAUUUGGAAAUAGUUACACUACUGCUAGUUAUUACCUCUAUCUCCCUAUUUCUUCAAAACGUGAUCGGGAAUAUUGGUAAAUUGCAAAUCCCCAUAGAUUCUGAAAGUCAGUUCAGCGACUUCGUGGUUUAUUGCCAAAAUUUUAAGAUUCUGAUAAGAGUUACCGCAGUGGCUACUCUUUUGAUCAUUUUCAGGGUUCUGGUCAUUUUAAAGUCUAAGUUCCCAUCCUUUGGGGUGCUUUUCGAUACCAUCAACAUGGCAAAGAACGAUAUCAUGAAUUUUGGGUUUAUUACAAUCCUCCUUAUUAUUGCUUUUUCGCUUUCAGCAUUUGUAGGGUUUGGAUUAACGACAAAUUCCUUUUCGACGUUCGGCACUGCAAUGUCAUCUCUUUGGUCAGCGCUGCUUGCGAUAGAAAUAAUUGAUGAAAUGACGGUAGGCAACUAUAGUAUUGCAGGGGUAUUUUAUAUUGUUUUUAUUUCGCUUUUUUAUUUUAUCAUUUUAAAUACAUUCCUUGCCAUUGUUCUGAGUGUGUACACAGAACUAAGGAGUAGGUCUCAGCUGCUCCUUGAAGCCAGAGCUCGCAUGCUGACUGAAGACAGCAAUGCUUUUAUUGAGAUUCUUCUGAAUUUUUUACUACUCAGAAUAAAAAACACCUUAGAAGAAGAUGCCAUUGAAUAUCAGACUCUUUCAGUGAAAUCUACCACAAACGCCCAGGAACAAGAAGAAAUAAAUGAUCGCAUGAGGAGGCUUGAAAACACAAUUUUACUUCAAAGCCAGCAAAAUAUCUUUAGCAUAGUAAAAUACAACUUUGGGCAGCUCCAACUUGCACUUAGAGGGGCAGGCUCUUCCUUAUUGACUAGAGAGCAGCUAUCACUCAAGCUAAAAAAUACGAUUAGGACAAUGGAGCAAGAAAAGGCGAAAAACGAAAUCUUGAAGAAAGUAAGGGAAAAUGAAGUAAAUUACAAUUUCAAACUCUUUGUCGAAAUGAUUUUGUAUAUAAUUUUUAUCAUAAUUUAUGUGAUUGCAGCCAAAUAUAGGCUGAGGAUUGAAGAAUCUUUUGCUCUGAACUCGCUAGUUGCUGACUCUUUAGCAGUGCCUAAAUUUGUAUAUAGUAGCACCAAUGUCACUUUUUAUGAUAUUAAUAAUGCUGAGUCUGCAUAUGAGUUUUUGCAGCAAAUAAUGGUCCCUUACAUAGAAUCGCAAACUGUAGCCGUCCAAAAUCAUUUUUUGACGAGCCCAAAGGUUCGUGUUACGAUGAAUCGGUACAAGCUCGAUAAAAAUGAUAAUUCUUUUUCAAACUCUGUGAUAAAAAAUGCCACAAGCUAUCCUCCAGAAUAUAAUCAUGAGAACCUUCAAGGACUAUCGACUCUAACUAAAUUCAGAUAUAUUAGUUCUGGGACAAAAGAGACUUUUAAAAAAGAAGGCGGAUGUACCUACGAACUUUUCAAUUCGCAAGAUAUCCAGCAAGCAUUUAUAAAUUCAAAGGCAGAUGGCUUUGUAGGAAAUGAAACAAAUGUAUUUGCCCUUGAAUGAAUCACUUACAACAUAAACAUGAACAUGUUUGUUUAUGCUUAUAUAUCUUUUACUCUUGAUGUUUCUGGGAAGAUCUCACCAAGCCUUUCUUCAAAAACUGUUGAGCUGGAUGUUUAUACUCAGCAAUUUCAGAUCAGAGCUGUGCUUGAUGUCAUUUUCCUCUUAUUCAUAAUUUAUUUUAUUUGCCAGUUUGGCUAUGAAUGACUUAAAAUCAUGAGGAAGUUAGCUGGAGAAAGAAAAAGGAUUCUCAGAGGGAAAAAAGCAGUCAGAGACGUGCUAAAUAAACUCAAAGGCAAUAAUAAUGAAGAAAAUAAGGCAGGAAUGGGGAUUAUAUUUUCAAGUUUUGGGAAAAAGAUCAGGAGAGGGCUUGUGUGAAUUAUUUUUACAGUCAAGCAGCUUUUCCAGUCUUUGAUAAUAUUUUUGAAGAUGGACAUGUUUAAACUUCUUCAGCUCAUCUCUGUGAUUUUAUCAGUUAUUCAAUUAGCCUUUCUUGCAACACUGAUGUCUAAUGAUUUUGUCAGAAAUUAUAAAAUUGGGGAUGAUUGGGAAAACUCAAUUGGGGAAUUUAGCGAGAUUAGUGAUUUGUAUACUCAAUAUGAAAUUAUUACUUGCUUCAACUGCUUGAUCAUAUUUCUCAGAUUUCUCGAAUACUUUGAGUUCAGCAAGCAGCUAUCGCUCUUGACCGACAUCUUGAGUUCUGCCAAGCUUGAUCUAAUCUUUUUUAUAUUGAUGUUCUUCAUCGUGAUCAUAGGCUACACAAUAAUGGGGUAUUUAAUUUUCGGUCAAGCCAUCACAAAUUUCCGUUUAUUCAACUAUUCCCUUUUUUCUACAUUCAGCGUGCUUGUAGGACAGUUUAGUGUUAAUCAGAUUAUAUCAGCUGAUGGAAAAAUAGGGAUGCUAUGGUUUCUCACACUUAGCAUCAUCUUUAAUUUGUUGCUGCUAAAUAUUUUUAUAGCAAUUAUUUAUGCCCACUAUAACACUGGAAAAGAUAGCAGAAAAAUGCAACAAAUUGGAUUUUUCAAAAAAAUAAUUCUCAUACUCAAAGCUAAGUGACAGAGAAAAGAACUAAUGGAAUGGGAGGAUGCCGGUGACGAUAAAGCCAAAGAAAAGGACAGCCAAGACACCCCUUCUGAAGGAGAGCUACCAAAGACUUCUGAGAAUCUAGACUAUGAAAUAGAAACAGUCAAGCCUGUGAACUAUACUGUGAAUGCGUGAAUAAGGGUUUUGGAAGAAAGUUUAUUAGAAAAGAGCAACGGCAAGAUCAACCUCCCCAACCUCAAAGAAGAGAACGUAUCUGCAGAAAAAGUCGUUCUGCCAGCCAUGCUCCAAGAAGUUGUGUUUGUCGAAGAGAAUCAAUGACUGCAAGAAGAUGCGCUGGGAAAGCUCAAAAUCUGGAGACAGUUGUCCAUUUUGCAUAACGAUUAUUUAAGGCGAAAAAUCGAAAAAGCCAUCCAAGAAGGUCUCGAACCUCCAGAGUCUUCUGAACUUUCUAAUCGGCAAAUGCAGCUGUGGGACAUAACUCCUCCAAGAGAUAAGCUGACCAUGUGAAUGGGAGAAGAGUCCUUCCAGAAUGAAGAGCGUGUGCUGGUAUGGAAUGCUGCAGUUUUUGAUCGGACGAGGUUUAGCAGUGAUGCAGAAGAAUGAAGCCCAACAAUUCAAAGACAUGUAUGGGUAUCCCUUGAAGACAAAGACAAAAGGGCAUUUGCAAAAAAAUGGAUUGGAGAUAUCAAAUAUAUUGUAAAAGCCUACAAGUCAGCAAGGGAUCCUAUUGCGUAUUUAUUGAAACAAGAAUGGCUUGAAAGCGACAAAAGAAUGCUGCUAUGGAUAAGCAUGUCUAAGAAUGAAAAAGCCAAAAUCGCAUUAUACCUAAACCAGUCCAAUAGAAUUGAAGCAGAGAUUAUAGCUUAUCUGCUUCUUGAAGAAAGGGAUAAUAAUGUCUUCGCUUUAGACGACAGCGAUGCUACAAUAACAAGCCUUCUGGACUCCAAAUUAUACGAUAAACUCUAUGAGUGCGCUGUUUUCCAAGCAGAGAACAAUGCAGCACAGACUUCAAGUGAAAGGGUAGACGAAACAAAGGGGGAAAUCAAAAAUUUGAAAAAUUAUAACGUCCACCUCGAAGAAGACUUAAAAAAUUACAAGAAACAGAAUAAAUACUUACUCCCCCCUCCGUGAGUGAUCAAAAAAUUUUGUUCACUCACGGAGGGGGAUUAAUUUUUGUUUUUAAAAUAAUUUAUAUUUAAAUUUUAUAAAAAAUAUAUUUUUUUCGAAAUUUAAAAAAAUCCUAAUUUGCAAAAAUUGGAAAGCAAAUCUUAAUUUAAUUUAUAAAAUUUAUGUUUUAAAAAGCAAUUCGUUUAAAAUUAAACAGAAUCAGCUCUAGAUUUCAUUAUACUAAUUAUCAUUUAUAUAUCAAAUUUUUUUCCAUAAAAAAUUUUUUCUAUUAAAAAAUUUUUGUUAACUCACGGAGGGUGGGUUUUUUUUUUGGCAAGAAAUGGCGAUUUUUCUAAUGGUUUUGUUCACUCACGGAGGGGGGGGAGUUAAAAGAAAAAGCAAAGAAACUAAGAGAAAAAUGCGAAAAACUGAUGAGAGCAUAA